AUGCCCCCGGCUGCGCACCGGUCACCAGCUGCGCCCCGUCGCCCAGGCAUGCACGCUCCAGUUCAACAACAAAUGGUCCCUCAGCAGUAUAUGACACGCCCUAUGCCUCAUCCCAAUGAUGCUGCCCUUCGACGAAGCCGCAAGCCCACCGAUAAGAAUCUCCCCGACGGCAUUGAGGACGUGAUCAUCGGCGAGGGUGUUCAGCAAUACAAGAACCUCCGCGACCUAGAAAAGCGGUUAGACGCUGCUGUUAUUCGAAAGAGGCUCGAUAUUCAAGAUUCCAUCAACAAAACUGUGAAAAAGUACCGAACAAUGCGCAUCUGGAUCACCAACACCGUUGAGAACCAACCUUGGCAAGGGUCGGGAAACAACCCCGGCUCUGGUCGCUACAAGGUACGAAUCGAGGGCCGAUUGCUGGAUGACGAGACAGACCCCACUGUCCCCGACGAAGAGGAGAAGGAUGAAGAUGCGAUGGACCAUGAUGGUGAGGGGGACAAGGCCACUGAGUCUGAGUCCAAGAAUCAGACCCAGCGCUUCUCGCACUUCUUCAAGGCCAUUAAUAUCGACUUCGAUAAGCCUGUUACGGCAAUGCCAGAAGAAGUCAAGCCAGUCAACUGGUCCAAGGCUGUCCCUCACCCCAACACACCCACGCCCCCUGGUUCUGAAUUCGACAGCCUACAGUUCGCUCGGGCUUCGCAGGAAAACCUCAAUAUUACUAUUAGCCUCGUCCGCGACGAAGUUCCAGAGCGAUACAAGCUGAGCAAAGAGCUGGCCGAGGUCCUGGAUGUCGAAGAGGAAACUAGGAGCGGAAUUGUUCUUGGAAUUUGGGACUACAUUCGCGCGAUGGAGUUGCAGGAGGAUGAAGAGAAGCGACAAGUGCGCUGCGAUCACCGAUUGCGCUCGAUCUUUGGACGCGAGCAAAUGUUCUUCCCCCAGAUUCCAGAGAGUGUCGGCCCCCACACUAGCCCAAUGGAACCGAUCAAGCUUCCUUACACCAUUCGUGUCGACGAGGAAUUCAAUGCCGACCCCAAGCCAACUGUAUACGAUAUCCAGGUUGCAGUGGAGGACCCGUUGCGCACCAAGAUGAUGGCUCUUACCCAGAACCCUGCUUACACGGCAGGUCUGCGCCAAAUUUCGUCCUUCGAUGACCAGGUCGCCUUGAUCGUUCAAGCUCUUACUCACUCCCGAGCCCGUCAUUCAUUCUACACUGCCUUGAGCAAAGACCCAGUCAGCUUUGUCCGUCGCUGGAUCAACUCUCAGCGCCGCGACUUGGAAACCAUUAUGGGCGAAGCUACCCGUGGAGGCGGUGAGGAUGGCAGCGGACCUGAGUUCCGGUUCGGUGGUCUUGAUGGUCCCUGGGAUUCUGAGGUUGCUAAAGAGGCAGUCAGGUAUAUGCUGGCCAAGCCUGAGGCUCAGGCUGCGGCUGCUCGAUAG